AUGGAGAAACCAUGUAAAUGUGUGGAAUGCGGUAAAGGAUUCAGAUUUCCGUCCAGGCUGGACGUUCAUCGGCGCAAACACACAGGGGAGAAACCAUUUACCUGCUCCAAGUGUGAGAAGGGAUUUGCUCGUUUAUGUAGCUUCAGGAUACACCAGAGAUGUCAUGCCGGGGAGAAAUCGUUCAUCUGCACCAAGUGUGCUGAGAAUUUCGCUAAUUCAUGCGAUUUACGUGUACAUCAGAAAGUUCACACUGGAGAGAAACCAUUCACCUGCUCUGAGUGCGGGAAGGCAUUUGCUCAGGCAUCCAAGUUACACCAGCACCAGCGAACUCACACCGGGGAAAAACCAUUCACCUGCUCUGACU